AUGUCUACCUCUAUGAAGGCCUUGGUGGCCUCCACCCUGUUGGCGAUGGCCUCAGCUCAAGGUGUUAUUCUCAAGGCGCAGGGCAAGGGCGCUGCCAGUUUGCCUUUCCAAGUCAACACGAAGCAGGCCGAUGCCAACAUCAUCAGCACUAAGGAGAUCACCGAUAACGUCGUCAACGAAUGCGGUCGUACCAUUCUCGGCGGCAACAUCGAUAUCGGCGAGAACACCGAGAACCAGUUGGCCGCGAAGACCGUCACCCAGGUCACGAAGGGUAGCACCGUCGACAUCCAGAUCGCCCAAGUCAGCCAAGACGGCGCCGGACCUUACACCUGCGAUCUCGACCAGACCAGCAACGCCAACGCCGCUUCGGGUCAGACCAAGCUUCAGAUUCAAGAGGCCCAGCCUCAGAAUGGCAUCAUCAACCUCAAGGUUCAGUUGCCGCAAGACAUGGCAUGCGUUGGAGCCUCUACAGGAGAUGUUUGCACCAUUCGCUGCUUUAACGCCGCUGCCGCUGGUCCCUUUGGUGGUUGCGUCGCCAUCCAGCAGACCGACACUACUCCCAAGCAGAACACUCCCCAGAACAUCGCCACGGCUCAGGACCUCGAGGGUGUCUUGAAGAAGGUCCAGAAGAACACUGCGGAUCUUCCCGCCGCCUUCAAGGCCAACGCAGAGGCAAAGUCUCAGUCGGAGCAGGGCGCCCUCGCUAUUAAGGAGCUUCUCGGCAAUAACGCCACAUUGGAAGCCGCUGGUCCCGCCGGUAAUGCCAACACCGGUAACAACAACGGCGGCGGAAACAACAACAAUGGCAAUGGUAACGGAAAGAACAAUGGCAAGAACAACAACAACAACGGCAAUGCGAACGGUAACGGCGGUGCCACGCGUGGCGGCGGUGCUGCCAAGGCCGGCAAGAACAACGGCGCCAACGCCGGUACCGGCAACGGCAAUGCGAACACCGGAAACGCCAACGCGAACAACGGUAACGCGAACGGCGGUGCCACCCAAGGAGGCGGCGCUGCGAAGGCCGGCAAGAACACCAACGCCAACAACAACGCUGCCAACGGCAACAACGGCGCCAACGGCAACGCGAACGCUCAGACGGGAGGCAACGGCGGCAACGGUGGUAACGGACGUGGCCGCAACCAGAACAAUAACAACAACAAGCGCGACCUCGCCCGUUCAUUCGUGGCCAGGAGGAACCUUGCUCCCCAGAACUAA